AAGCAUCGUGUGGGCGUGGUUUGUUGCGAAAGAGGGCGGUGCCAAUGUGAGUAACACAGAAGCGAUCAAAUCAAAGGUCGCACGGUUGCGGGGGCUGGAGAUAUUUGUUUAUAGUCGAGCGCUUUCUUAAGUUGGAGUCGUUUUUCACAGGCACGCGUUCACUUGGAGGUGCUGUAAACGGGACUUGGUGAUCAUGUGGACUUCAGCAGCUUUCGCUCGGAGUUAACGCUCACAUAUCUGGGAAGAUGUGGUUAGCAAACUUCAAACAUCAGCCGAUAAAUUACUACAGAGUAACAAAACCAAGGGACGAAUAUCAGAAUACGUGACAGCGUAUUGUUUGAGGAUGGAAGGGAGCGGAGCGGAGCGGACCGCGCUGCGGCGCUUCGGGGACAGCGGCAUGAUGCUUCUGCCCUGGACUAAACAGAUCCUGACGGUGCUGUGGGAGCACCUGCGGCUGCUGGUCCAGGUCAUCUGCUGCACCUUGAUGACGGUUUUCCAGAUGUUCAGGUUUGAGGUCCAUCUGAGAAUUACAGACGAGACAGGGCAACACAUUCAGCACAUGACAAGCGGGUCAGGAGACCCUUCUGACGGUUUCCUGCUCUCAUCCUUGUUUGAAAACAACAAAAACAUAGUGGUCGGGGGUUCCAAUCCACUUUCCAAAUUCGCCAGGGACCCAUUUGAUGUGAGUUCCCACUCCAGAGCUGUCCUGUCCAGUUUGGUCGGAGAUGAACUCUGUUGCUCCUUAGUGGACGACCUUGUGUCCCACGCAACCGAGUGUCUCAAUGACACUGAAGACCUCUAUAUCGGAGAUCACUCCAUGUGGAAUCAUGGAUAUGACUGGAGCAUAUUAGGAGGAUCAGAGAGGAAAUGCGCCGAGAACACCUGCACAUUUACUGCACAUGUGUCCGGGUUUUCAGCAAAGGAGUUUGUAAAGCAUCAGAAGCCCAUCGGUGAUCCUGAUUCAUGUAGUUCAUCUACAGAGGAUGUCCGAGCUCCAUGUCAAGUGCAGUCAGUUGGUCAGUUCUCAGACAGUGAGUUCAGCUGGGGAAGCACAGACAGCUCUUGUUUUGAAGGAGAACGAGAGGAGAAUGACAAACUCUGGGACCUUCUAACCAGCUCGACGGAUCCAUAUCACCCUCUACACUUCAAAGCAUGUUUGUCCAGUGCGGUUCCUGAAAAAAGCAAACCACAGGUGGUUUCAAAGGCUGAAAGUCCCACUGUAUCACAGUCCACUGUGUCCACAGGCUCCGAUUCUUCCAAACCAGGUUCUGAAGAUGAAGAAGAAGAGGCCUUAUGGAGGUCCCUUUCUCAGAAUGAUGACCCAUAUCAUCCACUGAAUUUCAGAGCCCCUCUUCAAAGCUCACCAGCAGCACCAAUACAUGACUCGCCCAGUGACAACACACAAAAUCAAACCGAUAGACUCUUAAAAUCUUCAAGGCACUCAAAGCCGCCGUUACCGCCAAGUAAAGUUGCUCGCCAUUGCUGCCACAAAUUACCCGUUGAGACAUUAUCAGUGGUGCCAUGGAGAAGACAUGUUGGUCUUACUGCUGUUCAGGGCAACCAGAGGAAAUGUUGCCCUUGUUAAGAAGGUGAAAUUUUCUCCCAUCGUACAAGUCCACAAGAUGCAAGCUUGGUCCUUUGCUUUUCAAGCAUCUCGUAAGGGACCGUGGGAGGAGUUUGCACGGGACAGAGACCGUUUCCGAAAGAGGAUCAAUGAAACUGAGAAGGCCAUUGGCUACUGUUUAAGUUUGUCACACAGGGAAAAGCUGUGGGCCUGUAAGGACAGCAUACAGAAGAAGUAGCCAGCCCUUGAUCUGCGAAAGGGGUUUCUGAUUGUAACUAUUGAUCUUAUAUUCCCCUGGCCAGCCUCUAGACUGAUAUAUUGAUUUAAAUUGACAUUUUUACCUCACUGCUGUGUCCCAACACACAUUGUACCUUGACUGCUACUGAAUGUUACUACUGCUGUUGCUACUGAUUUAUUUUUUUGCUGUGCCUUACAGACUCUUCAGUGUGACUGAUCACACAUAUAUUUUUAACACAAAUUGUUGAUAUGUUGGAGUACUUAACUAGUGUUUUUUUUAUUUUAUUUAAAGAGAUAGUUCACUCCAAAAUGGCAUUCCAAACCUGUAUAACUUUCUUUACGUGAAACACAAAAGAAGACUUUUUGAAAAAUGACAUGGCCUUUUUUCCCUGUACAACGAAAGUCAGAGGGUUGUUGUUUUGUUCAGUGAAAAUAG